AUGGCUCAAUCAUAGGAUAAAGUGAAGAGAAAUGAUAAUGAUUGCGAGGAGUCGAUAUCUUAAUUAUUUUUGAAUUUAGUUAGAUGUACUUUUUAAACAGUGUUUGGUUAUAUUUGUUUGGAUGUGUGUGUGUCAAUUAGUUUACAUUAUAUUUCAUAAGAAAUAAACCCAAUAGCAAAUGCUGGUUAUGGUUUUGCAUUGACUUGCGUCUACAUAAUAUUAACACCAUUUGGUUUUGGACUUAAUUAAUCAUUAAACAUGCAUACAUCAUAAGCAUUGGGAGCGAAUAAAAUAUCUCUUGCAAAAGGGUACUUUAAUUUAAACCUUUAUGUGAUACCUGCAACACUAAUCCCUUUGGGAAUUUUACUUUUAGUUUUAAAAUACCCUUUAAGUUUAAUUAUGGCAGAAGAUUAACGAUAAUAAACAUCAGAUUACUCUUAAGAAUUUUUAUAUUAUUUGAUACCAGCCUUUAUUCUGGCAUUUAUAUUUGAAAGCGUAAAAUGUUUUAUGGUAGCGCAUAAAGUAACAUACCCUUUUACAAUAAUCCACUUUUGUACUCUAAUUACUCAUUGGUUAUUUUGUUGGAUUUUUAUAGUGUAGUUUUAAUGGGGUGUGCCAGGAGCAGGAGCGGUAAUAAUUAUAACAGAAAUCUUGAACAUUUUAGGACUAGUCCUUUUUGUUGAGAAUACUGAUUUAAAAAAGGAAAUAUUUGAUGGAACAAAACUCUUACUUGAUGUAGAUAGGUUUAAGAAAUUAGGACUUCAAUAUAUCAAAACUUCAGUUCCUAUAGUUUUGCAUAUAUUUUCAGAGCUAUUUGUUUUUUUUACUCUAUCUUUUAUUGCAUUGAGUUUAGGGAUUUCAGAAAUGAAUGCUCAUAUGGGUUUAUAAAAUAUGUGUGGAAUUUAUUUUAGUAUAAACUAAAGAAUUAUUAUAGGAAUUCCAAUUUGUUUAUCUAUUGCAUUGAUGACUUUUGUGGGAACUGAAAUGAGUAAAGGAAACAUCAAAUUAGCAAAAAUCUAUGUUUUCUUAGGAGUUAUAAUUUUUGUUAUUGCAUGCGCGUUUUCAUCUUUUUUAAUUUGGAGUCAAAGAGAAUCACUAGCAAAUUUUUAUUCAUCGAAUUCAGAUGAAGAUGAGUUCACUUUGAGUGCUAAAUAGAUAUUUUUAGACACUAUUCCAUGGAUGAUAGGAGGAAUGCUCAUUGUCGACGGUUUAUAAGGAACACUGAGUGGAGCAUUGAAAGGAAUUAAUAAAAUUAAUCUUGUCUUUGUAUUAAAUUUAUUCAUAAUCAAGUACUCAACAAUUUUAGCUUAUUACAUAAUUUGCCUUCCUAUUGUAUCCUUUUUCGCAUAUAAAUGGGGGCUAGAUCAAGGAGUAAUUGGUAUUUGGCAAGGUUUUGGAAUAGCAAAUUUAAUUUUAGCUAUAUUGGACCUCUUUAUUUUAUUUACUGUUGAUUGGGAGUUGGAAUCGAAAAAUAUCAUUUAAAGAGUGGAAUCGCAAAAUUAAAUCGAACUAAAAACCCUAAUCGAAUUAGAAGAUAAAUAAGCAAAUGUGUGA